GGUGUUGUGUUUGGUCUCUAUCAUUCAAAGUCCGCAAGUCCAACCAUUGAGGACAGUAAGUUAUGUUGAUACAGUAGAUGCUCUCUUGUCAUUGAGUUUGCACUGUCGUAGACUGUUGUUUGUAUACCAGCUCCUCGUAUAAUCCUUCAUGGGAGAUAUACCCUUCUGGGAUGCAGACGGCAACAUGUUUCUCUGCGCUCCCCCGCCACUGUUCUGUGAUGAGUGGCGGCGAGGAGAUGAGAUACCAGUCGACCAACGCGAUAUUCACGCACGCGUGGAAGAUCUUCUUCAAUGUCCAAUCAGUUCCAUAAAAAUAUUAGCUGUUUCGGUCAAUACUACAAUGGAAAUUGUUCUUCAGGAUGGCCGAAAGUUUAUCUUACGCCACCUUCCUUUCAUUACUGACGAUUACGGAUCGAACUCUUGGAGGAAACGCAAGUUGGAAACGGAACGUGAUAUCAUGUUGUUCUUGAAUCGUGCGAUUCCUCAGUUACCCGUUCCAGAGCUGCACCGAGUUGAGGUCCAGGCUGAUUACGGGGAGAUAUGGAUGGAGGAACUCCCUGGGCUGCCUGUAAUAAACUGCUAUACACUAUUCAAUGUGGCACAAAAGGAGGCCUGCGUUUUAUCAUACGCCGAUUUUGCGUUGAAAUUAUUCAGGCUACAGGUACCUGAUCAGAUUGGUUCUGCCUCUCUCAGAGCCGCGACCACUGAGGAUGACUCCCUUACUGUGGUGCCCAGAAUCUCUCAUCCCGAACGAGCGUGUUGCCCAACCGUACUUGCAUCUCUUGAAGAGCACGUUGCCGUGUCUAUCCAGAAGUGCUUGUCCUUCCGCUCCGCCAAUGAAGAUGUUGACACGAUUAUCCAAAUUCGCGAGACUUUGACGAAGCUUGAAGUGCUGUUAAGUCCUCUCAUGGAGCAGCUUGGUGACAAGCAUCUGCGACGAUGCGUUCUCGUUCAUGAGGAUCUGCGGUCAACCAACAUUCUCGCAGAUACAACAUCCGGGAGAAUUACGGGGGUUCUUGACUGGGAGUACCAUGCAUUCCUUCCCGCCGUCUUGGCUGCUAGUUAUCCUGAAUGGCUUCUUUAUACCGGACCUUGCGACUGCCGUUUUCGUGAUCCAGAUCCAACGGUUCCGGGAUGUGUGUGGUUUGAUAGCCCAGAGAAUGCUAAGCACUACAUGGAUCUCUUUGACCAGGUUGUAAAGGAACGAGAUCCGGAAUACUUUGACUGCCUAAAACGUGGAGAACAUCUUCGCGAUGCGUUACAGUGGCUCCCUCAUCGCAGAUUUGAUAGAGGCUGCAAAGGACUAAGGGCGUGGAUGGAAUGUACUUUUUGAUAAGUGACAUUGGUAAAUUUGGUAAAUAGGCAGGCGACUUCCAAAAUCGUUGUAGUUAUAUGGGACAGACUCAAAUACCCUCUACGUGCGUUUCAAGUACAUGUUAUAAUAGUUCUUGACUUUUAGGACUCAGCUAUAUACAUGUCUAAGAUAUAUGGGCACCCCAACAUGCACUCCUUAGUAACAACAAUGAGUUCCAAGCAAGAGAGUCCGUGACAAUAGCCUCACUCGUGGAACGGUCUAAACAAACAAGUUAAUGCAUAUUAUGGUACAGAAUACAAGGGCCCGGCAGUCAAAGAUCGAGGCAAGGAGAGGGGGAAAGCGAUGAUAGUACAGACUGAGCCUGGUGAGAUUUGAGGAAACAGAUGCAUGAAAAGGAGAACGGACGAGGCUUCGGGCGUCCAGGACAGAAAUGAACCCCGCCCUUGGUU